AUGAGACUGGUGGCAGAGGAGCAUCCAGACCUGCAUCUCAGCUGUUCUCUGAAUGGAUCUGACUGUGCCACUAUACACACACACACACACGCACGCACACACACAUACUUACAAGACAGAGACACCCGUGCCCCGCUGUCACACUCUGUGUGUGGAUUUGCUUGGAGCAGAUGGUCUAAAAUGAGUUCCUCAGGCUGGAUACUGGCUGUGUGUCUUGUGGUUCUUGAAGUGAGUAUUCAUGCAGUGUGGGCUGAAGAAGGACCAGGCAGCGAGAGGAACUGUUCUGCAAUUCCUCCGUAUCUGCCACCAACAGCUGUAAACACAACUCUCAGACUUCAUCAUCUUAGAGCAGCUAUGAAACCCUUGAAUAUCUCCGCGUACAUCAUCCCAGCGACAGAUGCUCAUCUGAGUGAGUAUAUCGCCCCUAGAGAUGCAAGGUUGGCAUGGAUUUCUGGUUUCACUGGCUCCGCAGGCACAGCAGUUGUUACUCAAAACAAGGCAGUUUUGUGGACUGACAGCCGCUACUGGAUACAAGCAGAGAGACAAAUGGACUGUAACUGGGAGCUUGAGCGAGACGUUUCCAUUCGCAGUAUAACCAACUGGUUGAUUAAGGAGAUUGCUGAAGGAGAUCUGGUGGGCUUUGACCCAUUUCUCUUCUCUGUCGACACAUUUAACAGCUACAACAGCAACCUGGCUCCAGCAGACCGGAUCCUGCAGUCCUUCCCUGAUAACCUGGUUGAUAAAAUCUGGACGGAUCGACCUCCACUGCCUGCUGACAAGCCCACUCGCUUACCUGACAGUGUUAUUGAGAGAACCUGGCCGAUGAAGGUUGAGGAGAUACGUGCCCAAAUAAGCACCGAUCCAUACAAGCCCACCGCUGUGCUGCUGUCUGCACUGGACGAGACUGCAUGGCUGUUUAAUCUGCGAGGCAACGAUGUCCCUUAUAAUCCAUUCUUCUACUCCUACACUCUGCUGUCAAUGGAUGAGAUAUGGCUAUUUGUACACACUGAACGCAUCACAGAAGAGUUGAAGGUCUACCUGAACUCAUCAUGUUACCUAGCGUACUGUGUGCAGCUGAUCGAGUACAGCCAUGUGCGUACAUACCUGGCCAACUAUCUACUCAGACCGGGCUUGAGGGUAUGGGUGGGCACAGAGUAUACCAACCAGGCCCUGUAUGAGCUCAUCACUCCUGAGGAGAAACUCCUGACCAGCACCUACUCUCCUGUGCUGACCACGAAAGCGGUGAAGGACUCAACAGAGCAGCGUAUUCUCAAAGAGGCUCAUGUGAGGGAUGCAGUCGCAGUUAUCCAGCUCCUCGUGUGGCUUGAGAAGAAAGUUCCAGAAGGAACAGAGACUGAGAUUACAGCAGCACAUUUUGUCGAUGAGUGUCGCAGCAAGCAGAAGAAUGGCAGGGGACCAAGUUUUGAGACCAUUUCUGCAAGCGGUCCAAAUGCUGCUCUUGCCCACUACAGUCCGACCAAGGAAACUGCACGAAAGCUGACAGUGGAUGAGAUGUAUCUUGUUGAUUCUGGAGGACAGUAUCUUGAUGGCACUACAGAUAUCACACGUACCGUGCACUGGGGUGUACCCACUAAUUUUCAAAAGGAGGCCUACACAAGGGUGCUCAUGGGAAAUAUUGACAUUUCAAGGACCAUCUUUCCUCCAGGAACAAGAGGUGUGAACAUGGAGAUGCUGGGACGCAGGGCGCUGUGGGAAAUUGGUUUGAAUUAUGGUCAUGGGACAGGUCAUGGUGUGGGAAACUACUUUGGCGUUCAUGAAUGGCCUGUGGGUUUUCAGACCAAUAAUAUUCCCUUUCAAGAGGGCAUGUUUACAUCAAUAGAACCUGGUUAUUAUAAGGAGAAUGACUUUGGAAUAAGAAUAGAGGACAUUGUUCUCACUGUUCCAGUAACAACAAAGCAUGGAAAUAAUUACCUGACAUUUGAAACAGUCUCGCUGGUUCCUUAUGACAGAAACCUAAUAAACACAACUCUUCUGAGCCCUGAGCAGCUCCAUUGGCUAAACACAUACUAUGAGACCAUCCGGCAUGUGGUGGGUCCUGAACUGGAAAGACAAGGACUGAAGGUCGAGUAUGACUGGAUGAUGAAGCACACAGCACCUUUCCUUAUAGCUGGAGCUUCAGCUGUCUCCUCAUUUACACUGUUAGUUACAGCGCUGUUCCCUGCCUUACUUCAUCAUCUGCUUUAACAUACACAAUGCUCAGUCCUGCUCUGUUCCUGUGUGCAGGAUCAACUCACUUUCAGGUACAAACAGAGAAGCUCCAAUGCUAAAUACUUGUUUAUGCUGUUUCUCAUAGAUAUUGUAUUUUCUCCUCCACAUUUCUUGUUUUAUCAACAAGUCAUUUCAACCUAUGGAUUCAGACCUCAUUAGAAGGUCAAUGUUGACAUGUUAUUUACAAUCAUAAUUUUGACCUAAACUUAAACUUUUGUUUAUAUUGUAUAAAAAUGUAUUUUAUGAUAUACUGUACUGUAGAGGUUAAUCAAAAGUU